CCCUCGAGAGGCGGACGCCGGAUAAAGGAUCGGGAGCGGACGUGGGUGAGUCAGAGCACAUCCGGUGUUAGAAGCGCCAGUAGGCCUUGGAGUGGCUGGUUAGGAAGAGUGGAGACUGUUGCACAGACUCUGGAACCAUGAACAUAUUUGAUCGAAAGAUCAACUUUGAUGCGCUUUUUAAAUUUUCUCAUAUAACCCCCUCAACGCAGCAGCACCUGAAGAAGGUCUAUGCAAGUUUUGCCCUUUGUAUGUUUGUGGCGGCUGCAGGGUCCUAUGUCCAUGUGGUCACUCAUUUCAUUCAGGCUGGCCUGCUGUCUGCCUUGGGCUCCCUGAUACUGAUGAUUUGGCUGAUGGCAACACCUCAUAGCCAUGAAACUGAGCAGAAAAGACUGGGACUUCUUGCUGGAUUUGCUUUCCUUACAGGAGUUGGCCUGGGCCCUGCCCUGGAAUUUUGUAUUGCUGUCAACCCCAGCAUCCUUCCCACUGCUUUCAUGGGCACAGCAAUGAUCUUCACCUGCUUCACCCUCAGUGCACUCUAUGCCAGGCGCCGUAGCUACCUCUUUCUGGGAGGUAUCUUGAUGUCAGCCCUGAGCCUGUUGCUUUUGUCUUCCGUGGGGAAUGUUUUCUUUGGAUCCAUUUGGCUUUUCCAGGCAAACCUGUAUGUGGGACUGGUGGUCAUGUGUGGCUUUGUCCUUUUUGAUACUCAACUCAUUAUUGAAAAGGCCGAAAAUGGAGAUCAAGAUUAUAUCUGGCACUGCAUUGAUCUCUUCUUAGAUUUUGUUACUCUCUUCAGAAAACUCAUGAUGAUCCUGGCCAUGAAUGAAAAGGAUAAGAAGAAAGAGAAGAAAUGAAGUGACCAUCCAGCCUUUCCCAAUUUGACUUCCUCUCCUUCCACCCCUCAUUUCCUUCUUGCACACAUUACAGGUGGUGUGUUCUGUGAUAAUGAAAAGCAUCAGAAAAGCUUUUGUACUUUGUGGUUUCCUCUAUUUUGAAUUUUUUGAUCAAAAAAACUGAUUAGCAGAAUAUAGUUUGGAGUUUGGCUUCAUCUUCCUGGAGUUCUCCUCACUCCCUUUUUUGUCAACCCUGUCUGUAGCCUCUUCCUCUACUUAGGCAGUCGACUUGCUGUGAUGAGGAGUGGGACCAGCAGAGGGCGCUAACUUCAGAAGUCGCUUUCCCACCAGGCUUCACCCAGUGGACCUGAACUGUUUGGUAGGGCCACCCGGCCCUUCCUUCCUCAUCGCUGUUUGGUAUGCGCACAGUUCCUGUGGGACUGGGCCAUGAGUUUUCCAUUGGAAAGAAAUUCAGUGGUCCCAUUGUUAACUUAGCCUCAUAUCUGAACUGUCAGGCCCUACAAAGAAAAUGGAGAACCUCUUCUGGUGGAUGCUUUGCUUCCUCUGAGCUGCCCAUGCUGGUCUGGCAAACACAUCUUUCUGCUUUGCCUUCACAAAAGUAAUGUGUUCCCUUUCCCAUCCCUUGCCUGAUCCUCAGGGAGUCAGCCUGCUUCCAUCCAUGGGUGGGAAUACUUCAGCACAAAGGGAAGACUAAUUCUUGUCAGGCAUUUUUGAAAAGGUUGAUUAUGUGUAUCAAGGUACAGCAUCGUAGGGUUCCCCUAAACUUGCCCUGUUUUUGUUUUUUUAGUUGGUUAUCCCCUUACUGAGUGACCUCUACUAAGUGGCUGUGAUUAAAUGUCUGAGCAAGGAUAGGGAAGGGGAAUGGUUGAGCCUCUGGAGCUCAUUGUAACCACUCCUGCCAGACCUGUUUGGGGCAGCAGGGAGCAAACCUAGAUAAGGACCUGUUUGGGGCGGUGGGGAGCAAAAUCUCCUUUACCAACCAAGCAGUUCCUCGUUCACAUGAACAGAAUGGGGCUGUGAUAACUUAGGAGGCAGCAAUGCUAAUAGUCCUUCAGUGCAUUUUAGUCUGUCCCCAACUGGACACCAGUAGGUAGUAUCAAGCCAGAGACUCAGGGCAGUAGAUAAAUGUUCAUUUUACUGAUGCACUUUAGUUUUUGGUCUGUUACCUGUUUUCCAGAAAUUUGUGGCCUUUUAGGCGGGAGUUAGGUGGCCAAACCAGUGACAGCCCCAAUCUCUGCAGUUUUGUGGCUUCAAGUGUGGGUGGACAGUCCUAAUGGGGAUCUCCAGCUCCUUUCCUGUGGGCUGCCACAGACAGCUGCCCACAGAAGGGCCAGUGUUGGGAGUGGUUGUGGCUCUGAGCUGCUCUACAGAGCCUCAGUGUGAGAGGAUUGAGCCAUUGAAAGCUCAUUACCAAUAGGACAUAAUUUUUGGCCCUCUCUAUUCACAACCAGUGCACAAAUUGACACGGUGGCCUCAGGUUCACAGUGCACUGUGUUACUGUGCUAUCCCAUGAAACCAUUUCUUCCUAAGUUGUGUUUAUGCUUGAAGUGACAUGCCACCCGGAAAAGCUCACUUUGAGGAUGCUGUCCUCUGAUGUAGCUGCUGCCUCCAGCCUCUGCCUUGAGAACUUACUAAAGGGACUUCCUUCCUGUUAAACCCCUGUUAACAACUCUCCAUAAAUUUGGUGAUUCUCUGCCAGGCCUAAAAAUUUGAGUUACAUCUCCUGAAGCCAAACUCCACCUUCUGUGCUUUUUUGCUUGGGAUAAUGGAGUUUUUCUUUUAGAAACAGUGCCAAGAAUGACAAGAUAUUAAAAAAAAAAAAAAAAAAAAAAAAAAAAAAAAAAACUACUUUUAAAGAAAAUGCCUAACAGAUUUUUAAUACAGUUAUCUCUAAUUACCACUUUAUUUUCUAGUUCCUUGAUUUUCAGCUCAGGCUGCAUUCUAACUCAUACUGUGAAGACAAAGUUGUUUUUGAUUCAGAAAUAUAUGAAAUCUACAUAGUCUUAAUUUGUAAAAAAUAAAGAAAAUUCCUUAACCUUU